AUGGAUGAGGAAAACAUGACGAAAAGCGAGGAGCAGCAGCCUCUGAGUUUGCAAAAAGCCUUACAGCAGUGCGAGUUGGUCCAAAACAUGAUAGACCUGAGCAUCUCCAACCUGGAAGGGCUUAGGACCAAAUGUGCUACUUCCAACGACCUCACACAAAAAGAAAUCCGGACCCUGGAGAGCAAGCUGGUGAAGUACUUCAGCCGGCAGCUGUCCUGCAAAAAGAAGGUAGCCCUGCAGGAACGCAAUGCCGAGCUGGACGGCUUCCCCCAGCUCCGGCACUGGUUCCGGAUCGUCGACGUGCGGAAGGAAGUCCUGGAGGAGAUCACCCCGGGCCAGCUGAGUCUGGAGGACCUCUUGGAGAUGACGGACGAGCAGGUGUGUGAGACCGUGGAGAAAUACGGGGCCAACCGGGAGGAGUGUGCCCGCCUCAAUGCCUCCCUCUCCUGCCUCCGGAACGUCCACAUGUCAGGAGGCAACCUUUCCAAACAAGACUGGACCAUCCAGUGGCCCACCACGGAGACGGGGAAGGAGAACCACCCCGUGUGCCCCCCGGAGCCGACCCCGUGGAUCCGCACCCACCUCUCCCAGAGCCCCAGGGUCCAGUCCAAGUGCGUCCAGCACUACUGUCACGCCAGCCCCAGCCUGGGGGCCCCCGUGUACACCCACGUGGACAGGCUCACGGUGGACGCCUACCCGGGCCUGUGCCCGCCCCUGCCACUGGAGUCGGGCCACCGGUCCCUGCCUCCGUCGCCCCGGCAGCGGCACACGGUCCGCACCCCGCCGCGCACCCCCAACAUCGUCACCACCGUGACCCCGCCCGGCACGCCACCCAUGAGGAGGAAGAACAAGCUGAAGCCCCCGGGGACCCCGCCGCCUUCCUCCCGGAAGCUGAUCCACCUGAUCCCGGGUUUCACGGCCCUGCAUCGGAGCAAGUCCCACGAGUUCCAGCUGGGUCACCGCAUAGACGAGGCCCACACGCCCAAAGCCAAGAAGAAAAGCAAGCCGUUGAACCUCAAGAUCCACAGCAGCGUGGGCAGCUGUGAGAAUAUCCCCUCCCAGCAGCGCUCCCCGCUGCUGUCCGAGCGCUCGCUCCGCUCCUUCUUCGUGGGACACGCGACCUUCCUGCCCUCCACCCCUCCCGUCCACUCCGAGGCCAACUUCUCCUCAAACACACUGUCAGUGCCACGCUGGUCCCCACAGAUCCCUCGCAGAGACCUCGGCAACUCCAUCAAGCACAGGUUUUCCACGAAGUACUGGAUGUCUCAGACAUGCACAGUCUGUGGGAAGGGGAUGCUUUUUGGCCUCAAGUGUAAAAACUGCAAGUUAAAGUGCCACAACAAAUGCACCAAAGAAGCCCCACCCUGUCAUCUCCUGAUCAUCCACCGAGGGGAUCCAGCAAGGUUAGUCCGGACAGAGUCCGUUCCGUGUGACAUCAACAACCCUCUACGAAAGCCACCCCGGUAUUCGGACCUGCACAUCAGCCAGACGCUCCCUAAAACCAACAAAAUCAACAAGGACCACAUCCCUGUUCCUUACCAGCCAGACUCUAGCAGCAAUCCCUCGUCCACAACGUCCUCCACGCCAUCCUCGCCAGCACCCCCGCUCCCUCCCAGUGCCACGCCGCCUUCUCCCCUACACCCUUCUCCACAGUGCACAAGGCAGCAGAAGAACCUCAACCUGCCAGCGUCCCACUACUACAAAUACAGGCAGCAGUUCAUUUUCCCAGAUGUGGUGCCGGUGCCAGAGACGCCGACCCGGGCACCCCAGGUCAUCCUGCAUCCAGUGACCUCGAAUCCAAUCUUGGAAGGAAAUCCAUUACUUCAAAUUGAAGUGGAGCCAACCUCAGAGAACGAGGAGGGUCGCGACGAGGCCGAGGAGUCGGAGGAUGACUUUGAGGAGAUGAACCUGUCCCUGCUCUCGGCCCGGAGCUUCCCACGCAAGGCCAGCCAGACCAGCAUCUUCCUUCAGGAGUGGGACAUCCCCUUUGAGCAGCUGGAGAUCGGCGAGCUCAUCGGGAAGGGCCGCUUCGGGCAGGUGUACCAUGGCCGCUGGCACGGGGAGGUGGCCAUCCGGCUGAUCGACAUUGAGAGGGAUAAUGAAGACCAGCUGAAGGCCUUCAAGCGGGAGGUGAUGGCCUACAGGCAGACGCGGCACGAGAACGUGGUGCUCUUCAUGGGCGCCUGCAUGAGCCCACCCCACUUGGCCAUCAUCACCAGCCUCUGUAAGGGCCGGACACUCUACUCUGUGGUCAGGGAUGCCAAGAUCGUCUUGGAUGUCAACAAAACGAGGCAGAUUGCCCAGGAAAUUGUGAAGGGCAUGGGCUACCUCCACGCCAAGGGAAUCCUGCACAAGGACCUCAAGUCCAAGAACGUCUUCUACGACAACGGCAAAGUGGUGAUCACAGACUUCGGGCUCUUCAGCAUUUCCGGGGUGCUGCAGGCUGGCAGGCGUGAUGACAAGCUGCGUAUCCAGAGCGGCUGGCUGUGCCACUUGGCCCCGGAGAUCAUCCGCCAGCUGUCUCCGGACACAGAGGAAGACAAGCUCCCCUUCUCCAAACACUCAGACGUCUUUGCGCUCGGGACAAUCUGGUAUGAACUCCAUGCCAGAGAGUGGCCUUUCAAGACCCAACCAGCAGAGGCAAUAAUCUGGCAAAUGGGCACAGGCAUGAAACCCAACCUCAGCCAGAUCGGCAUGGGAAAAGAAAUCUCGGACAUUCUUCUCUUCUGCUGGGCCUUUGAACAAGAAGAGAGACCUACCUUUACCAAGCUCAUGGACAUGCUGGAGAAACUGCCAAAGCGAAACCGCCGCCUGUCUCACCCUGGACAUUUCUGGAAGUCUGCAGAGUAA